AUGAACACGCAGGCCGUGAGACGAGUGCAGGUUAUCGGCAACCACAUGGCUGGAGCUGUGCGGGAUGAGGUGAAGGGCCGCAGCGCGCCUCAAAACCGCAGCUUCGCCAACGUGGACGAGAUGAAGAAGGCCGUCGGCACCGAGGUCGGCCGUGUGAACACGUUCGCCGAUGCCACCUGCGAUUGGCAGUGGAUUCACACCGAGCCCGAGCGCGCCAAGAAGGAAUCCCCCUUCGGCGGUCCCGUCGCUCACGGCUUCCUGACGCUCUCGCUGGCGCCGUUCCUCAACGCCGAGGCCAUUCCUCGCCUGGAGGGAGUGAAGAUGGGAGUCAACUACGGCCUGAACAAGGUCCGCUUCAUCGCGCCCGUGCACGUCGGCGCCAGCGUGCGCACGCGCGUCACCCUCAAGGAGGUGACCGACGUGCCCGGCGGCAUUCAGGUCAUCAUCGAGGGCACCUUCGAGGUCAAGGAGAAGGGCAAGAGCGAGCCGUCCAAGAAGCCCGUGGCGAUCGUCGAGCAGAUCGCGCGCUACUACGUGUAA